CAACCCAAACGUAGGCGUGGGCCUGCUAAGUGCACUGAGUUUGAAAAGAUAAGAAAGUUCGGAAAAGUGUCGUUGAAGAUUAAUGACGGUGAGUCAGCGCCGUGUUGUCAGAAUGCAUCCAUGUUCACGACACGGAUCACGCAAAUAGUUAAAUAGUUCUGUGACAUGAGUUAUGCUAGAUGGACCGAUGUGCCACAAGCUCAAAAGGACGAGUUGAUUGAACGUGUUCGGGGUGACUUCGUGUUGGAUUGGGAUAUGGCGAAUCAUAGAUUGGCAGUCUUAAAGCAACUACGUAAGCGGUUCAAUGCAUUCCAUCACGAAUUACACAAAAAGUAUUUAUCAUACAAAACUCACGAAGAAGCGUUGUCAUCUGGGGGUAGCAUGGUCGACCCCAUCGUAUGGGAUAAGCUGUGUGCGAGGUGGGGAAGUGAAGACUUCAAGAAAAUGUCAAGACAAAAUCAGGAGAAUAGAAAGAAGCUAACUAAUAACCACACAGCAGGCCGCAAAUCCUUUGUUAGGAUACUGGAGGAGAAGCGGGCGACGAAUGCGACUUUGGUGGAGUUUUAUAAGGAGACUCACUGGUCGAAGAAGAACGAUAAAUUUGUCACCCCAGCCACUGAAGACACCUAUAAAAAGAUGGUUGACAAACUGGAUGAUCUAGAUCCUGAACAACGCACCAGUCAGGCAGCAGCGAGUGUGUUUAGGGAGGUACUUGGGCAUAGACCAGGAUAUGCCCGGGGGCUAGGGGAGAUGGUCAUACCGGAGUCGAGCAGACAACGGGACCGUGAACGAGAAAAAGAGUACCUUGCCUUGGUUGAACAACACAAGAAAGACGCCGACAACUACAAGAAAGAUGUCGAGUCUUACAAGAAAGAUGCCUUGAACUACAAGACGCAGCUUGAUGAAAUGAAGGAUGAAUUGACCGCACUUCGUGAGAGGCAAAAUGAAACUGAUAACAUGUUGAGGCAAUUCUUACAUAAUUUUCCGUCUUUCACUGAGUCUCUCCAGUCUCAUCGAGAGACUCAGUGA